GUCGGAUACGGACCCCGAGAUAUUCUUAAACGGAGGUUAGAUUCUGACGCAACCACGGUCGCCUCCUUCCCCGUAAUUUAAAGCCUAGUCUCGUAGAUCAACAAGCAAGGGAGGACACGACGGCCGGCAGCUAUGAUGGUGGGAAGAGGGAUUAGUUUUCUCAAUCCGACGGUCCAUGUUCCCCCGGUCGUGGUUCUCGACGAUCUGGCGGCCGGGAACUUCCUCUCCUCUCCCCUUCCCGUCAGCGGCGUCACCGCCGCCGGCGACUGCCUUCCCUUCGACGAAGUCACGCUGGCGGCCAUGCAGUUCUACCUAGACCGCGAGGAAGGAGCCGGCUCCGUCACCGACGCGCCGCCGGUGGUGGACGCGUACGCGUCGGAUGAGUUCAGGAUGUACGACUUCAAGGUGAAGUUGUGCGGCCGCGGGCGGUCGCACGACUGGGCCGAGUGUCCCUUCGCGCACCCGGGCGAGAAAGCGCGCCGACGGGACCUGCGGAAGCACUGCUACUCCGGCGCUCCCUGCCCGGACUUCCGCAAGCCCGACGGUUGCAAGCGCGGCGAUGGCUGCGAGCUAGCGCACGGGGUGUUCGAGUGUUGGCUUCACCCGGACCGUUACCGGACCCAGCCCUGCAAGGACGGCACCGAGUGCCGCCGCCGCGUUUGCUUCUUCGCGCACACCCCCGACCAGCUCCGCGUGCUGCAUACGCCGCCGUCAUCUCCGCUGCAGAGCGCGACGGCACCGGAGUCCUACGACGGAUCGCCUCUGCGCCACCAGUCCUGUUUGCAGUCCUACUUUUCCAGAAGCCUCGUCUCUUCGCCGACUUCGAUACUCAACUCGUCGCCCAAGUCUUCGCCGACAGAGUCUCCUCCGAUUUCGCCGAGCGGCGGCAAGCUGCGGCGGGCGUCGUGGCCGGCGAGCUCGGGUGUGAACGAGAUUGCGGCGUCGCUGAGGCAGUUGCAGCUGAACAGAGCAGACUCUAUGCCGAGUUCGAAGGAGCUGCAUAUGGGAAACAGUACUGGCUUCAUCUCCCGGCCGGGAGCGCUUGCUAGAUUCAAUACUGUUUUCCGUAGCCUGCCGACGACUCCGACGGGCGUAACCGCUGGUUGGCCGGAGGAAAUAUCCCCGGUGGAGAGAGUGGAGUCGGGGCGAGCGCUGCGAGCGAAGAUGUUCGACAGACUGACUAAAGAUCACAUCUUAAACAAAGCAGAAGCUACAAUGGACGUGGAAUGGGUCUCCGAGCUGCUAAAUAGUUGAAAUUUAGCAGAGAAACAUAUGAACAAUUUGACGGUAAAAAGCUUGAAUUUUGAAGGUAGUAUCAUUGCCCUUUUUCAUGGAAGAUGAAUAUUUGAAUCUCCAGAACGGGAGAUAAAGAAGAAUUUGGUAGCUGAAGCGGUUCUUUUGCUUCUCAUGGGCGAAGAACGGAGGAAGGAUUAGUCCGGUUUGAAAUAAAUGGAGUCAAUUUGCAUCGUAUAUAGAAUUAGAGGUUUGAUCGAAGCUGCUGUAGCACUCUCUGCAGAUUUCUGUAUUCUGAUUCCCUGGAUGUUCUAAAUGUCAUUUCAGUUGACUGCUAAGCGUUCGUUUGGCAUAUUGCGUUGUAAAUUAACCGCAAAUUGAGAUUGUAAAUGUUAAAAUUUCUUAUCCAAUGGAUUUCACAUGUUUGUCCUUA